AUGCGAAGGUACUAUGAAUUGCUUCUAAAUUCCAAUCAAAAUUCAUGCGAUUUGCAAAAGUUCAAUUUUAAUUCAUCAAGUUUAAAUCUUACCGAUCCAGAAAAUAUUACUCAGUUGAGCGGAAACUCCAGUAAAAUUAAUAACUCGUUAGGAGAUUUAUUAAAUUCAACAAAUAAAAAUAACGAACGAUGCGAUAUAGCCAGUGAACGAUACAUAUUGGAAGCAGCAAGAGAGUUGAGAAAAUAUGAAUAUCUCCCGUACCGAUUGUUCCGGAUUCCUUUCAAUCAAUUAAUCGAGAGAACUCCUUGUUUAGAUUACGAAAUUUACAAGAAAAAUGUUCAGGGUAUUAGUUCCCAAUGCAGGAAAAUGAAUACACAUCUGGAAAAGAUUUAUGAUUAUUACUGUAGCAAUAGCUUCAUUAAUUCAUUAUUAAAUCAAGAAAGCUGCAUAGAAAAGCUUCAAUCAAUUUGUAAUCAAAGUGAAUGUUCAAAUGUUGAUCUUUUCUCAGCUGCAUAUAAUUCUCUUUUGAAAACGGAAAGAAUUUUAAAUAAGAAAACAUUUGAUUUCUCAUCUGAAUGGUGUGACUUUGCCAAACGAUACUUUGGCUGUGGAAUCACUGAAUCUUUUUACGAAGUGUGUCCAAAAACUGCAGAGGCUUUGCAAAACUACUUUGAGAUACUGAUUAAUGCGAAUAAUAGCAACUGUUAUUUGCGGCAAUCAACGGCUAACCUUAAUGAAAUUGUUAUUCGGUUAAUUCGGCAACCAAUAGCUGAUCUGAAUGAAACCGUUCCUGAUUGGUCAGAUCGACAACCAACAACUAAUUUUAAUGAAACCGUUCCUGAUUGGUCAGAUCGACAACCAACAGCUAAUUUUAAUGAAACCGUUCCUGAUUGGUCAGAUCGACAACCAACAGCUAAUUUUAAUGAAACCGUUCCUGAUUGGUCAGAUCGACAACCAACAGCUAAUUUUAAUUUCCUGAUUGGUCAGAUCGACAACCAACAGCUUUUUAAUGAAACCGUUCCUGAUUGGUCAGAUCGACAACCAACAGCUAAUUUUAAUGAAACCGUUCCUGAUUGGUCAGAUCGACAACCAACAGCUAAUUUUAAUGAAACCGUUCCUGAUUGGUCAGAUCGACAACCAACAGCUAAUUUUAAUGAAACCGUUCCUGAUUGGUCAGAUCGACAACCAACAGCUAAUUUUAAUGAAACCGUUCCUGAUUGGUCAGAUCGACAACCAACAGCUAAUUUUAAUGAAACCGUUCCUGAUUGGUCAGAUCGACAACCAACAGCUAAUUUUAAUGAAACCGUUCCUGAUUGGUCAGAUCGACAACCAACAGCUAAUUUUAAUGAAACCGUUCCUGAUUGGUCAGAUCGACAACCAACAGCUAAUUUUAAUGAAAUUCCUGAUUGGUCAGAUCGACAACCAACAGCUAAUUUUAAUGAAACCGUUCCUGAUUGGUCAGAUCGACAACCAACAGCUAAUUUUAAUGAAACCGUUCCUGAUUGGUCAGAUCGACAACCAACAGCUAAUUUUAAUGAAACCGUUCCUGAUUGGUCAGAUCGACAACCAACAGCUAAUUUUAAUGAAACCGUUCCUGAUUGGUCAGAUCGACAACCAACAGCUAAUUUUAAUGAAACCGUUCCUGAUUGGUCAGAUCGACAACCAACAGCUAAUUUUAAUGAAACCGUUCCUGAUUGGUCAGAUCGACAACCAACAGCUAAUUUUAAUGAAACGUUCCUGAUUGGUCAGAUCGACAACCAACAGCUAAUUUUAAUGAAACCGUUCCUGAUUGGUCAGAUCGACAACCAACAGCUAAUUUUAAUGAAACCGUUCCUGAUUGGUCAGAUCGACAACCAACAGCUAAUUUUAAUGAAACCGUUCCUGAUUGGUCAGAUCGACAACCAACAGCUAAUUUUAAUUCCUGAUUGGUCAGAUCGACAACCAACAGCUAAUUUUAAUGAAACCGUUCCUGAUUGGUCAGAUCGACAACCAACAGCUAAUUUUAAUGAAACCGUUCCUGAUUUUCAUUCAGAUCGACAACCAACAGCUAAUUUUAAUGAAACCGUUCCUGAUUGGUCAUCGACUAAUCGAUUGGUCAGAUCGACAACGCUAAUUUUAAUGAAACCGUUCCUGAUUGGUCAGAUCGACAACCAACAAUUUAAUGAAACUUCCUGA